AACCAUAUUCAAAUUAGCAGUUAUUCUUCAGAUAACAAGAUAGAAUCAAGCUUUUGAUCCCAAUCAAGUUCGCCAUUGAUCGAUGCAUAAACCUUGGCGUGUCAAACGUUGAACUCUAACCAAAUCCCACCAAUCUUUUUCCAAAGAUAUUUGACAUUUUAUCGUCCAUUUCCAGAGAUAUUUCAACAUUUUGUUGGCUGUUUACGUGAUUUGGUUAUUCGAUUUUUGGUGGGUGUUGACGAAUUAGUGGUGUAGCAUGAUGGGUAGGUUGGAUAUAUCAAUGUCGUGCGAUGUAGAGACCAUGAACUCCCUUCGGAUCUGGAAUUUUUUUGGGGUUUUGAUCGGAGGCCUCUUUUAGCCUGGUUAUGAAAUUACGUCGUCUCGUCAUCAAUCGAUCUAAGUUCUUGUUUCCUAAAGCGAAUCUGCGUACCAUGAAGGGACGAAAGUUUUUCGGGAUUUCUCUUUCUCUGAUUAUCAUCAAUUUGGCGUCUAUAAUGGAGCGUGCCGAUGAAAAUCUUCUUCCAUCCGUAUACAAAGAAGUCAGCGAAGCGUUCAAUGCUGGACCAUCUGACCUGGGUUAUCUAACAUUUAUACGGAAUUUUGUUCAAGGUCUGGCAUCCCCGAUGGCCGGAAUCUUGGUUUUGACUUAUGACCGACCCACUGUUCUUGCAAUGGGCACACUCUGCUGGGCAUUAUCCACCGGUGCUGUUGGCGGCAGCCGCUAUUUCAGUCAGGUUGCUUUUUGGCGGGCGGUAAACGGUUUUGGAUUGGCGAUUGUUAUUCCGGCCCUCCAGUCUUUUAUAGCGGAUACCUACAGCGAUAACGUUAGGGGGACAGGGUUUGGGUUCUUGCAGCUUGUCGGAAUGGUGGGUGGCAUUGGUGGCGGUGUGGUGGCUACGAUUAUGGCUGGGCAUGAGUUUUGGGGAAUACCUGGAUGGCGGUGUGCUUUUGUUUUGAUGGCGUUAUUAAGUUGCGCAAUCGGGUUUCUCGUAUUCAUGUUCGUCGUUGACCCUAAACGACUAAUUACCACUGAUCCGAAUGGAGGAGAGACUUCUCUUGAAAGGAAUGAACUUUUGGAACGGGGGAGAGAUUCUAGUUCUGGUUCGAUUUGGACCGAGUCAUGGAUAGCCACGAAAGCAGUGAUGAAGGUCCAAACAUUUCAGAUCAUCGUCUUGCAGGGUCUUGUUGGUUCGCUCCCAUGGACCGCCAUGGUGUUUUUCACGAUGUGGUUCGAACUAAUUGGUUUUGAUCACCAAAAGGCUGCAACGCUUUUGAGCCUUUUCGGGGCCGGGUGUUCUUUUGGUUCUCUCUUGGGUGGAAUCAUUGGUGAUCGAAUGGCUCAGAUUUACCCUCAUUCCGGUCGAAUCAUGUGUGCGCAAUUCAGCGCAAUCAUGGGGAUCCCGUACUCUUUGUUUCUCCUACGAGUAAUCCCGCAAUCGGUCGACAGCUACCUCACGUACGCAAUCACGCUUCUCCUUAUGGGCCUUACGAUUAGCUGGAACGGAAGUGCAGCCAACGCACCGAUGUUCGCAGAAGUGGUCCCAUCCAAACACCGGACUAUGAUCUACGCGUUUGACCGAGCCUUCGAAGGCUCCUUUUCGUCUUUUGCGGCACCCCUGGUUGGUAUCCUAGCCGAGAAGAUGUAUGGGUACGACGCGAAAUCCGUGGACCCGAUCGCAGGGUCCUCUAGAGAAGCGUUGGCGUUAUCGAAGGGGCUUUUCUCGAUGAUGGCAAUUCCGUUUGCUCUAUGCUGCUUGUUCUACACACCGUUGUAUCGGGUUUUCAGGCGCGAUCGCGAUAACGUGCGAAUAGCGACACAAAAAGAAGAAGAAAUGAUCUGAUUAACCAGGGUUAUAUUUUUUCCUGAAUCAUAUGUAACAAUGAUGUGAAUCUAUCAUAUAACUGUAACAUGAAUAUAUUCAUAGAUUGAAUUUACCUUCUAUUUCUGCUAAAAUAUAUCAAAAUGUUAUUGUA